AAGAAAAUCACAACUGGACCCAGCUUUGAUGGCAUUACCCAAUUUUAGAAACAUAAAAACCAAACCAUAAUCUAAACCGAACCAAAUUAUAAACCAUAGAAAACUAUAACCAAAGCUACCAUUUGGAUUCAACUCCAUCAAGUAGGUCUCAAAACUAUGGCAAAUUUUCGAACCUGGAUCCGGUUUAACCGGUUCUACCUUCAAUGGACUGAUCCAUCAUCACUCAUAUAUAAAUUACACACAUCUCUUUACCCCUUUUAUUCCAACACAACCUUUCUCUCUCACUCCGUCAAUGGAGAAAACCCUAGCAACUUCCCAUACCAAACGCUCUUCUCCGUCGCCUUCCACCGCCGUGAACGCACAUCCCGCCGGUUUUAACCGCAGAACCAAACAGAGAUUGUCAGAUGCAACGGCGAGUGUAAGAGAGAGCAACGCAGAAGAUGAAGAUGAAGAAGAAGGAGUGGAAGAGAAGAUUGAGGCUCUUCAGACAAUAGUACCAGGAGGAACGGCGCUUGAAGUGGACGCGCUGUUUGAAGAAACGGCGAGUUACAUAUUGGCUCUACAGUGUCAAAUCAAUGCCAUUAAAGUUCUUACUUCGUUUCUUGAGCGUUGUGAGAAGGAUGAUGAUAUGAAGUUUGGAGGUUGAAUGUUUAACAAACACUUUGUAAUUCUCUCAAAGCGUUUAAAAGAAAAAAAAUAUCUCACUUUUUUAUUUAAUUAUUUUUACUUUAUAUUGCAUUUUUGAUUAUGGCUCACUGGCUCUUGCGUUGGGGUUCAUAAUUUAGUUUUUUUUUUUAAAUCCCAGUUGCCGAAUUUGGGAAAAUAUCUCCACAUUUUGCCUUCGA